AAGCUUAGCCAAUGGACCAUUGGCAGGUGAGAACUGAGAAGUAAUGGCAGCAACUCAAGUUCUGACCUGCAACAAUGGCUUCUGUUCCUAUUCCUUGGUUGCAGCUACCAUACCCUAUAAAUCGAAACCAUCAAUCUUUCACCAUUAUCAACUGCACAAAAAUAAAGAAGCUUCGGCUUUCUCCUGCAACGCAUGGCCUAGAAAUCAGAAAAAUCGCUUGAAAUUGGAGACCCUCUUUGUCUGCCAGGCGGCUCGACGUAAACCCAGCAUUUUAAACGCCGCCGUAUCAUCUGAUAAGGGAGAUGGUGAUAAUGCACGGAAAGUGCUUCAAAUAAUAUUAUGGGCUCUUGAAGGUGUUUACAUUUUGUGGCUCUUUCUACUUCCUUACGCCCCUGUAAGUAUCUGUUUCGAUAUAGUUAACAACAUUCUAUUCUUGAUAAAUCUUUCUUUGGAUUGGGAAUUUGAAACUCAACAAUUUAAAGUUGAAGUUUUUGCGCAAUCCGAUCUCAACAUUGAACUUUUUGGCAGAGUAGUUGGCAUAAGUCUCAUUGAUGCUCCGGUGCUUCACCCGAUGUCUGAAGGAUUAUUCAACUUUGUUAUCGGAUGGACCUUCAUGUUUGCUCCAUUGCUGUUCUCUGAUUGUAGGAGAGAUAGAUACAAAGGAUCAUUAGACAUUUUAUGGGGCCUGCAGAUGUUUCUCACAAACACAUUUUUAAUACCAUACAUGGCUAUCCGGCUAAAUGAAGCUGAUUCUGAGUCCACUCCACAAAAGCUCUCUCAACUAGGUACAGUAAUGACAAAUGGUGCACCAAUAGUGGGGCUGAUUGGUGGGUUUGCUUGUCUGAUUUCUGCAUUAUGGGCCCUUUAUGGAAGAAUGGAUGGUAAUUUUGGGAGCAUAACAGACAGAUGGGAAUUCUUGGUUAGUUAUCUAGGAUCAGAGAGGUUGGCUUAUGCCUUCAUUUGGGAUAUAUGUCUUUACAUAAUCUUUCAGCCUUGGCUUAUCGGUGACAAUUUGCAGAACGUUCAGAAAAGCAGGAUUGACAUAGUGAAAUAUCUUAGAUUUGUUCCAGUAGUUGGUUUGGUGGCCUAUCUCCUCUGUUUGAAUCUUGAUGAGGAACUAUAGCUAUAUGCAGUUCUUUAGAAAGUUCAAAUACAAGUCAGUAUUACAGCCUUAUAACCAGUUUAACUGUUAAAUAUCAUAACGUGCAUACAAAUGAAUAUGCACAUUCUGUAUCUCUGUAUUUACUAGAAAGUGUAACUGAAUUUUGCAUCUAUAUUUCUUUUACUUGCAAAAGAAAAUAUACUGCUUCAAUUGUCUCUAUUAGUGAUGAAUUCCUUCAGUGAAUAUUGAGGAGAUGUGGAUGGUUGA